ACGCGCCCGUCAGCGAGUCCGUGUCGGCCCAGCUGCGCCGACUCGUUCGGCGCUCCCCGUUCCCCGUUCCAGCUUCUUGCUCAAAGUUGUUCGAGUCGAUCGCCGCUACAGACGCGUCUCGUCCCCGUCCGGCGCGAGCGAGGCUUUGAUUGCCAUGAGCGCGAAGGAUCUUCGCUAGGCAGAGUUCUCGUUAAGAGCGGCGGGCAGGAGCAGGAGGAGGAGGAGGCUCGUUUAGUCGGCGGCGCACUUCGCCGCUAAUUAUUCUCGUCGUCGUCGUCGUCCUCAUCAUUUGUACGAUCGACUCGGCUUCCGUUUCAUGAAAGUGCCUCAUUCUGUGCGAGCAAGUCGGUUGACGGCAUCGCCGCUGCUCUGAGGCGCCGUGGAGGGAGGAGGGGACGGCGCGAUGGCCGGAGACCUGCACGGCGAGAGGGCCCCGCUGCCCAAGCACAUGAUUGAGAACAGCAUGUUUGAAGAUGACGACGAGGAGGAGGAAGAUGAGGAGGCCGAUGCAGGGAUGCCUAAUGUCGACCCGGGCGCCGACCCGGCCCUCGGCAACAGCGUGGCGCUGUCGUCCCCACGCACGCUCGCCGCCAGCUCCGUGCCGCUCUACACUCAGCACCCUCUCAUCAGCAGCGGCGGCGGCGGGGGUGCCGAUAGACCGACGGCGCCGGAGGACGACGGCCGGCCCCACACGCUGUCGCGACUGCCAAUCUACGCCGGGGACCCCGACGAGUUCGACGAAGACUUUGACGACGACAACGAGGAGUCGUCGCGCAGGCUGCUGGGUGCCGCCUUCUUCAACCGCGACCCCGACGAGCCGAGGUCGGGGCGCGGCCCGGGCGGCAGGGCGGCGCCGUCGUCGGGACCCGGCGGCUCGGACGGGCCCGGCGUGCAGCUCUGCUGCCAGCAGAUGAGCCCCCGCACGCUCAUGUUCUGCGCUGCGGGCGUCAUCGGCGUCAUCGUGGUCAUCGGAAUCGCGCUGUCUUACGUGCCCUGCGCGCUGGGCAUUGGCAACGGCUGCGCCAGCAGCAACGGCAGUGCCGCCAGCGAUGAUCACGACCACCACGGCGGCACGACGCCGAGCGGUGCGGGCAACGCGACGUUCCCCUUCACGGCCGACGGAGAGGUUUUCCCCUGGGCGGACGAUCGACUUCCGAGGUCUGUGCGGCCGUUGCACUACCACCUGUGCCUGCACCCCAACCUGACGACGCUGGCCGUGGAGGGAUACGUCAGUGUGUGGCUGUUGGUGGAUGAGAGCACGGACCACGUGGUGCUGCACGCAAAUAACCUCACCAUCACGGAGUCCACCCUUGUGCCUGCUGAUGGAGCUCCGGCAGGUGGCGGUGCCGAUGGAUCAUUGGUGGCGAAGCUGCUGCGCUAUGAGCCACGCGACCAGCUGAUGGUUUGCACCCGCAAGCCUCUGACGCAAGGCCAGAUAUACUUGCUCAACAUCACCUUCACCGGGCGCCUGUCCACCAGUUUCCUCGGCUUCUACCGCAGCACUUACCGCGCCGAGGACGGCAGUGAUCGACCGCUGGCGGUGACACAGUUUGAGCCGACGUCUGCGCGCGAGUCCUUCCCGUGCUUCGACGAGCCCGACUUCAAGGCCUCGUUCGACAUCAGCAUCGUGCGCGACGCCGCGCACACCACGCUCUCCAACAUGCCCCUGAACGACACGGUGACACGCAAGGACGGGCUGCUCGAGGACACGUUCAAGGGCAGUGUGGUCAUGAGCACCUACCUCGUCGCCUUCAUCGUCAGUGACUUCAAGAGCAUCUCCAACAAAACGAAGCACGGAACCAACGUGUCGAUCUACACAUCCCCUGGCAAGGAGCAGCAGGGGAGUUUUGCGCUGGAAAAUGCCAUCAAGUUCUUGGAUUUCUACGAGGAAUUGUUCAACAUCUCCUAUCCACUGCCCAAGCAAGACCUCGUGGCAAUCCCAGAUUUUGCGGCCGGGGCCAUGGAGAACUGGGGACUCAUCACGUACCGCGAGACGGCGUUGCUGUUGAGCCCCAAGGCCUCGGGCGUGCGGGACACUCUGUGGAUCGCUCAGGUCAUCGCGCACGAGCUCGCUCACCAGUGGUUCGGGAACCUGGUGACCAUGAACUGGUGGAACGACCUUUGGCUCAACGAGGGCUUUGCCACCUUCAUGGAGUUCGUAGCGACCGACUCUCUGAAGCCUGACUGGCUAAUGAUGGACGCCUUCCUUACGGAGGUGGUGAUGGAAGCUCUGACCCAGGACUCGCUGCCUUCCUCACACGCCAUCUCAUCUGCGACUGUCGGCACCAUGCAGAUCGGAGAGAUGUUUGACUCCGUCUCCUACAACAAGGGGGCGAGCGUGCUGAACAUGCUGCGCACGUUUCUGACGCCCGCCGUCUUCGUGGAGGGCAUACGGGACUACCUGCUCGUGCACAGCUACAGCAACGCGCACACCGACGACCUCUGGGAGUCGUUGACGCAGAGCGCGGACCAGCAUUUGGGGCACUCCGUCAAUGUGACGGAGGUGAUGGGGACCUGGGUGAGGCAACGCGGCUUCCCGCUGCUCACGCUCGCCGCCGUCAACAAGGAAUUAAAGAUCGCAUACAAGCAAGAGCCGUUUCCCAUCGAGUCUGCAGAAGCAUCUAUCGCACCAAGCAGCCUGUGGCAAAUCCCACUCACCUUCAUCACCAGCGACAUCUCAACCUCGCAAAGCAAGCUCAUCACGGAUAAACAAGGAGAUAUAGCGGUGACGAAGUCGACGGAGUGGAUAAAGGCCAACACGAACAUGACGGGCUUUUACGUGGUGGACUACGGGAAGGACGGCUGGGCCACCUUCGCCAAUAAACUGACAACCUCGAAGAGCUUCCUCUCCCCCGCAGACCGUGCCAACCUCCUCAAUGAUGUCUUCUACCUCCUCAACAUUGGCCGAGUAGAUGUCGAAGAUGCCAUGCCGCUACUGUCCUUCCUCCCCAACGAAACGAACGUCACUCCGUGGAAGGUGGCGCUGAUGCACCUGGACCGAGUGCUGCUCAUCCUCUCCUCCCACACCAAUGACGUCCAGCUGCUGCAGAAGUACAUUGUGAAGCUGGGAGAGGAGCUCCUGCCGCAGCUGCCCUGGAACGAGUCUCGCGAGGAGGCCACGGUGCCCCAGCGCUCUCUGGACGCCGCGCUCGUGUCGGUGCUGUGCGCCUAUGGCUCCUCAGAGUGCCUGAACAGGGCCACGGCUGCGUACAAGCAGUGGAGUGCCUCGGAGAGCCUGUCGGCGGACCUGAUGGGCACGGUGCUGCGGGUGGCGGUGCGUGACGGAGACCAGUCCAAGUGGGACAGCGUGCAGGAGCACUACCACAGAGCCAAGUCCAGCACAGAGCAAGCCAAGUACCUGGAAGCACUGGCGAGCACCAGCGACGAGGACCAGCAGUGGAGGCUGCUGGAGAAUGCGACGGCCGGCAUUGAGGUCAGGAGCCAGGAGCUUCCGCGCAUCGUGGGCGUGAUGGCGCGCACCUCCUGGACCGGGCGACUAAUCACCUGGGACUUCCUGAGGAAGAGAUGGGGCCUGCUCGUGGAGAAGUUUUCCUUGGGCUCCUUUGCGCUCUCUAACAUGGUGAUGUCGGUGACCUCGGGAUUCUCCAGCACGUACCACCUCGACCAGGUGGAGGAGUUUGUCGCGAGCCUGCGCGACGGCAGCGGAGACCUUCGCGUCUUCAAAGAGGCUCGCGACACGAUCCGCGCCAACCGCCGCUGGCUGGCGACCAACCGGGUGGCGCUGCACAAGUGGCUUACGGAGCAAUCUUGAAGCUCUCUUGGCGGUGGCCGCGGUCCCUCGAGGUGUCCGACGAUCGCCACCCAACCGACGUGCGGCGGCACCCACAUGACGUCGAAUGGAGGCCGCAAAAUGCUUUUCCCCCCCCGCCACACGGAUGGGAUAGAGUGUCUGACUAAGCGGCUACCUCCAACGCUGCCGCAACCACCACGAUGAUGCGACCCCGUUUGUGCCGCUCGGUAGCGACGACUACGUCCGUGGCCUCGCCCGUGGCCUGCGGUGCGACCCCACGCCCCUCGCCGUCCCUGCCUCCCUCUCGCUCGCCGCGCUUGCCCAAUCGCACCGAUGGCCGCUUGCCUGGCGCGUUUGCGGCGAGUCCAGCUAACCGCGAGAGAGGUCGUGAUGAAGAUGGGAAUUUGCUAACACUGACUCCUGCCACUCCCCUAUAAACAAAGCCAUGUUUGACCUUUACCUCCCAGCAGCUUGUUAUUUCUGGGCUCCUGUACUGGCAGUCGAUCGCGCACCUUCGGUUUGUAAACUCGCAGAAUCUAGAGCACCAUGCUCUUCAACUUUGGCCCCCUCUCCCCCCCCCCCCCCCCCCCCCCCCCCCGAUUUAACUCGCUGCUUGUUUUACUUUUAUUUAUUUACCGCCCUUAGACUUGUGGGCCGGGAGGUCCUCGUGCCUUCUCGGCUCGCUGCACCGCGCGACUCAGGAAGUGCACCUCGUUACAGGGGUCUUGCAAAGCGGGCACCGGCUUUGCAUUUGAUUUAACGUGUUUUUAUUUUUUUGUUCCAGAUAUUAAUUUGGUGUGGGGCAAGCUGCAAUGCAAGUUGCUGCCCGGGAACUCUGCACUGAUCGCUGGGCCGUCGUGAAAAAUUAUAACGCUCCUGAACUUUUAGAGACGCUAAUAAAAAAAAACUCCUUUUGAAUGGGCAAGGUGCAGGGGUUUAGUAGUGUCGCGCUCGCUGAUCUUCUGAGCGUUGGGUUUGACGCCGCCGAAAUGAGCUGUGGAGAUGUUCUCGAGUCAGCUCUGCUAUUGUCCUCUGCACGUUUGGGCCAGAAUACGGCCAAUUAUGACGAUCAAACACUCCGGGGUAAAUAGCUCUCUGGCCCACGAGUUAGUGGCGGAGCUACGUUAGUAACCUUUCCCUCCUGCGAGAGAGUGCUCACGUCAACUCCGCGCUGGGAUGAAGUUGCAAAGCAAAAUGUGUGGCGCAGGGCAUGCCGCCUUGCGGAAGUUACUCAUGGCGUGCUCCUCGGUAUGCGUAAUGCUCUUCUGGUUUUUGAGGCCCCCUUUGGCUUCUAGUGAACUAUUAGGGCAGGAGAGCGCCUCGCCGCGGUACUCUGAUGCGAAUUUUAAGACAUCUGUCAGUGUAGUACUAAUAAUGUACAUUCGGUGCUGUGCGUCCAACGCGUGCUGAGCACGCGCUGACAGUGUCGUAGCGAUGUCAAGGCUGCACACGCGGUGCACGUCAGGUGACGUGGUUUUGUGCGUUGGUUGGCCGCGGCGACCGUGGGAACGGCGCAGUUUUUGUCUCGGGUGGCCGUGGCGCGAGUCGAGUGGGAGCUCUGGACACUUGCAGGGCGGCACCUGCUUGACAGUGCGGGCGAGGGGGGGGGCAUGAGCAAGAUACAUGGGUGGAGAGAGAGAGGGAGUUGUCGGUGAGCACCGAGUUUCUGCCUCCUACCACACAGGUGUCCCCCGAGCUUCCCUACGGAUGUAGCCACAGACAUUUGCUACAAAUGUCCGUAUAAAUGUCCGGCUCCAUGCGUCCGAUAACAGCAGGUUUGUUGUCCGCUGUUAGUGAUGGCGUCCUAUUGUAUACUAGCCCGCACGUUUGCGUGGGGGGGGGGGUACAGCUUUAGUGCGGCGCGAGCGAUGUGGAUUUCGUUUAACUUCCGUUCUAAUCGGCCUCUAAAUCUAAAAGUUGCUUUGCGUUAAUAUUGUGCAAGGGAUGUAAUUUGUCGUGAGCAUUGCUGUGAGCAGAAUUCGCACUCGCUAAAGCACUGACGUGACUUGGCGGUCGACUACGUUGAGGGGGGUGGGGUGUGACUUGAUUAAGCGAAUCAAGUCGUUUGCCUUCUCGGAGAAGAUUUUAAUGGUGAAAUCCUUCACAGAAAGAUGCGAUGAGUUGUAAGGCGUGAAUCGGGGAAAUGGGAAAAAAUGCCUCCCUUUGACACGUCCAUUAUUACAAACCCCGGUCCAUUCGUGUGACAGAAAUCUCAGCUCGGAGGUGCAGUCGUUUCCCAAUGGUACCUGCUGGGCUACUUGCAAGCGGCCAUGAUUAAUGAAUUGCAUGAGGAGUGAGCAAUGUACAGUCGUAAUUCCUCGUCCUGCGCAGUGGAUGCGAUCCCGAGGAGUGCCUUGUCGAGCUAAUGCGCGUUAGGCGAGAACUUACCGUGGCGCGAGGCGCCUGGCGAUGACCACCAUCUUUUGAAAACAGCGGCCUGUUGACCGUUCCGAGGUUUUCUCCCGGACAGUUCGGGGUCAGAGUGUUGGGAAUGGCGGGGACGGUGUUCCGGAAGUGACCUCGGCAAGAGGACGGUUUUUUGUUUGUUUCAUAAAUGUUUUGUGUCCGACGUGACGUUUGGGAGAUAGAGCGUGACAUGGACAGAGAACUUGUGAAUUAUACGAUAUAUGUAGCUCUCGUAUACAAUAAACACGUUAUAUUCGACAAGUAUGCACAGGCUGUAUAAUACAGGAACUCCGCCCGUGGUUUAGCAAAGUGCAAAAAAAAAAUCCUUUAUUUUAUGACGCGCAUAUUUUAACAAUGAUGGUUAUUGCUAAUACUGUGCGCGCGAUACAUAUUUGGGCGUUGGUUGUUAAAGCAGUUGGGGUGGGGGGGCACACAAUGCACGCGAUGCAGAAAGUGCACGCACGUGUAUUGCCUUGGAAAGAUUUGACGUGGGUUUUCAUCCAAAUGUCGCCGUGUCUGUUGUUUUAGUUUUUUGGUUAAACUUGCAACCCCAAGGCUGGUGUUGGAAAUGGCACGUGUCUUUAUUUUUUUUUGCAAACGAUUUCUAAGAAAGAUAGAAACACCAACUUCCACACACCCCUUGCCUCCCCACCGACCCGCAUGCGCCUGUUAUUGGAAAGUGAUGGCGGCGCUCCCGGGGUCAGCGGUUCCACGAAACGACGUCCGCACGCUCUCGAAGCGUUGAGAUGUGGCCUUGUGCACUGGCAAGAUUGGGUAAAAAUGCUCCCACUUUUUCAGUAAAACUGUUUUGUUGUUGACAGUACCGCCACCUGGGAGUGGUGGGGGGUGGGGGGGUAGAAAAGGGAACUAAAAAAUGAAAAUUUCUUAGCUGCAACAAAAUAAAAAUGACAACCAGAGCGGUACCACGAGUGUGGAAACGGUCGUCGUGUGGCCAUGAAACCUUCGGGGGGAGCGGCGGGGGGUCUAUCAGGUCCCCGUUGGCGAGCGAUGGUCUCGGCUCGUUUUAACGCCCGGUUCGCCGGGAGGAGCGUCCGAAUGUUGAAGCCAGCCGGUCCUCGCUUUGGACAUUUGAAGAACUCGAGCUUUCGUGUUCGCAUGGAGCUGAUGGACCUCCGGUGCCCCCCGUUGAACCCUCACUAGUAUCUUUAGCGAGGAUGGUCACUCGUGUGACCUUGGGUUUCCAGUCCAAAAGAGAAACACCCCAAUGAGUUAAUUUCAAUAUGUGCAGGGGAGCUGCUUUAGUGAUACAAACAUAGGAUCUAUAAUUUGUCCUGAACGAUUGGUUCUUUACAAAAAAACGCGUGUCAGUGUUGGGUGCACUCACUUUUGUUUAAUAUUUAUAAGAGUACAAUCACUGAAGACGAUACUAAUGAAAUUAUGUUUGUCUUUCUACUUGUUUUAGGCGGCAUUUUUUUUCUGCAACAAAAAAAACAGUACCUGUGUUGCUUCAGUAAGUUAUUCCUCGACUGCUGAAUGUUGAAACGAUUAAGUAGUUGUGGGAAAAAAGUACAAGGAAUACUUUUGUGAACUGUGCAAAUGUGACGAGCACGGGAUCUGAAGCUUCUGAUCGGCGGGCGCUGUCGGUAGUUAUUGUCCCACAAUGCAUCACACGCAUGGCCCUCACUCGCAAUGGACAUCGGUUGUUGUGGGGGGUAUCUGGGUUUUUUUGUCUCCAGUGCGCCUGUGUUUUGAGAUGUAUGGGUUUAAAAUGUAGCCACGCAUGUUGUGUGUUUUCGCCUUUCGAUUUUUUUGCUUAGUAUUUUAUACACGUGCUGCGGACGGGAAUCGGGCAAGUUGAUCGGUUGAUGAACGAGCGUUGUACUUGCACUGGGUACAACUCAAUAUGAACAGGAAUCGUGACUCAUGGAAGAUGUGCAUCGUGCUUGGGAAUCGUGCUCGGUUAAGAAGGCCGCCUCUUUAAACGAGCAGGCAGCGAUGAUCACUGAGGCUCCUUUGUGUGCCAGGAAGCAGUACAACUCUUGUUGUCGGUCUUUUGUAGCUCUACUUUCCAGCGGGCCACAUGAAACAAUUGCCGUGUGCCGAUGGGUCACGUAACAUCAUAUGGUAGGACACGUGACGUCACGACGUGAUAUUCUGUACGUGUGGCCACCGAUCCAUAUCCCUCACGUCCCUAGGUAUCUCAUCCAUUGGUGUUUUCUCAAUGUCAUCUCACUAUCUUAUCUCUCUCAGUGGGCCCUUCGCUCUGGCAGUCCACUACAAGAACCUUCACGGACCACGUGACCAGCUGGCUGCCAGUUUGAAAUUCCGAGCUCCUUAAGACUUCGACGACUCAAGUUUGGGAUUUUCAAUUGGUCACAUUUGCAUAUUUCUUGUGUGCGUGAUAAACCGGCUCUGGGCACCCGCUGAAGCAGGUUCGGCUCGCCGUGGGAACCCCACGCCCCACCGCUGUGUCAGAGCUCUCCUGCUGGUGGCCGCCGCAAUGAGCCCACGGCCAGGCCGAUUCCCGGGGGGGGGGGGAAUGUGUAGAGGCUUGCAUUACGCUUGAACAUUAGCUUCUAGGCAUGUAACAAUUUCACCCCUUUCACGAUUUGUUGAUUCAUCAUGAAGUGGAGGUCACAAAUCAUGAACUGACUUCAGUUUGUUCUGUUUCCUGUCUUGUGUGUAGCGUCUGUCUCGUACGUUCUGUCUCAUGUUAUAUUUCAUUCCAUGAGUCUGAAGGUAAAAUUCGCAUAUAAUUUGGCUACAUCGUUAAUUGAUGAGUACACUCGCGGUUCCAGGCGUCUAUCACGAGUGUAAAAUUUCAUUUUAAUCUACGAAUCGUUACAUGCCUAAUAAAGAGAAGUCCUGGCUUAUGGCCCAAAAAGCCAGGGAGCGUGCCGGUCACACCUUUACAAUAUUGUGCGUUCCCCCCUUUCGCAUGCGCUUCCUAACACGACAGAUUCCGUGGUUAAGGACGGUUCUGGCUGCGGCUUCGCACGCCUCCUUUAUUUGUCGCUGUGGUAGUGCGAUUAUCCCAGGGUGGAGUAGGAGCCUUGGCCGAUGUCCCUGUGUGGGAGUCCUUGCACUGCACACGCACGAACUGUGUAGAUAAAAACACUGCUUUCCCUAAAAACAUAUUUGUGCAGCCAAUCGCAAUUAGAUUUCGAGACUCGCGGGGUACGGAAAUCGGUGUAUUAACUGAUCCGCCAUAAUCAUGUACGGAUAAAAUGAUGGUUGGGGUGAGGUCUUGGGAUUUAGUUUGGGCCACUGAUUGGCUGCAAGCGGUAUUUUUCAGAAAACCAGUUAUUUCUCACUACGACUGGCCCGCAAAAGUCAGGCUGAGAGUACAGAAUACUCCCCCUGUCCCCAGCCGGGUAUGCGUCUCGAGCUUCGCAAUCCUGGUCCAUAGAGCCAGUGGGCUUCUUGUCCUUGUAUUCUGUGUUUUCGUUCCUGCAUUUACAAAAUGAGUAUUAUAAAAGUGGAAGAGGCAAUACAAUAUAAAUUUUUGCGGUACUUAGGGAUUGAAAGUUUAUUUUGUGACUAAUUAUUGUAAUAUGGCUUCAGGAUUUUUUGCUUAUGUUUUUUUUGGUGUCAUUUUGGUUAUAGCUUUAAGUUGUUUUUGGCAUUGUGAUUUGUUGGCCAUAAAUUGUCAGUGGCAUUCUGGGUAACGGAGUGCAUCGUGGGAAAAAUGAACACUUGCGUCGUCUUCUGUGAAGUGGGAUGGCUGUGGAGUUGGUGGUUGUGGAUUCUGUAGCCAGGCCCUGGAGAGAGUUUCUACCAGAGGCUAAUUCAACCCAACUGCUGUCUCGCUGUACAGGGGGAUCCAUUAAUAGAUACCACACUAAAAUAACGGAGGCAAUGACACAGAGAACAUAUAAUUUCAAAGACUACAAGUUUUACCACCAUCCUCAAUCCUUAAACACCCCUCUAACAUGGAGCCAUCGCUUCCACGUCGCCCGUUGAGAAGGGCUUCCUGUAGCCGAAUGAAUGCAGAAUAAGGUCGCAAUCAUUAACCACAAAUUAACCACAAUACGUCGCCAAUCUCAAGGAGCAUAAAUCAUCACGCAAACCUCGGUCAUCCUCGCAGUGGUGGCUUUUGGCUCGCCAUCGAACAAAGACGGUCACUGCAUCGUGCCGUUUCAGAUGCACUUCUGCGGCCGUCUGGAACGCUCUUCCUUCCGAUAUUAGGAAGCCACUGGAGCUAUGCACUUUUAAAUCAUCAUCAUCUCGAUUGACAAACUCAUUUCUUCAGAACCGCUUUUUGUAUUUCCUUUGUUGUCCUUCCCCCGCACCGAUUAGCACAGUUGGAUGUCUACCGUGCGAAAUAAGUUCCUCAAGCAGCAAGGUCACGAGAAAUCAAUGGUAUCUAUAAAUGGAUCCCCCUGUCCUGUGGAAACGCACUCGGUCCACCUUCACAAUGCAUUCAUAUUGCUCGGUAGCAGCCGGGCGUGGUGAAUCACCCCGUCUCGUUUGGAGUCUUGUCGGCGGUCGCGCACACGACGCUCCCCCGCCACGCGUGUUGCUUCGUGUGCCGUGCACUGGAGUUGCGUUUUUCUUCACUGUUUUUUGUCCACCUACGGGCGGGGCGCCCCGUUCAUGAAGACUUCAGCGGUUCGUUUGCUUCGCACCUCCCAACUUGUGCUCCAUCUCACCACAGCACGUCCGCAUUUUUAACAGAUCCCCCCCCCCCCCCCAAAACCAACGAGUAGAACGCUACUCGGCAUCGUCCUGCAAGGAACCAAAGUGUUUGUAGACUCCACAACGCAAAGGUCAUUAGAAUACAAUUGCGAUAAAGCCUUUACAAACUUGA